UCUAUUUCCCGUUCCUGUUUCAUGUUUUACUCGUUGCUUUUUGACAGAAAGCAAGAUCGUCAAAGUAAACAGAUGUUACUCAGCUCGACUAAGUAAAUAAAACUAUAGUUUAGUACAGCAAAUUGCAUAAAUUUGUCGUUGGCGAAUUUUGUUAAUUUCUUCGAUUUAAAAUGGUUUAUCAAUGAACUGUCUGAUGAUGAUACAUUUUUAGAAAUAAACCAUAUGGAAUUUCUAAUUUCUUUUCUAUUGGCUAUUAAUAAAUUAAUUUACUUAAAUUAUAAGAUAGGAUGAAUUUUCAUAUUUAGAAAAACCUAAUAAUACUGGUUGUUUGUGCCGUUUAUUAUGAAAAAAUGAGUGUUUAGUGUUCGGUAUUUUUUUAUUUUUUAUAUAGCGAACUAUUCUAUUUCAAAAUUGUAUUGUUUGCUCUACGAAAUAAAAUGGAAGAUAUUUUAGCAAAAAUAAUGAAAGAUGCUUCCACAAACAAGCAUGCAAAUAUAAAAAGAUCUUGUCUGGAGUCGCAAGAGUUGUUAGCUAACCAACAUGGCUUGAUGCGUUCCCCACCAUUCGAAUUAAGGGCUAAAAUGUUGGAAACAUUGCAGUUGGCACUGGAAUCCAAACAUAGCAAACUAGUUUCUGAUGCAUUAAAUGGCUUUCAAAGAAUGAUCUGGGACAAGAGUUUUCAGUCUGUUUAUGAAGUAGAUAAUGAAGAAAAUUGGCUGCCUAUCCAAUUAAUGAAUGCUGUAACUUCUCUGAAUACACAAUCUGAUGAUGUCCAAAUCGAAAUACUGAAGAUCCUUUUGAAUAUGACUACUACUCAUGGACAAAGUUUAACUUCACGAUCAGUUAUUAUGCUAAUAUCUUUGUGUUCUGAUGUGUACAGUAAUAAUGCAUCUAGUGUAAGGACUGCUGCUCAGGUCACAAUCAACCAAACAUUAACUUCAUUUUGUAAUAUGCUGCAAGAAACAGAUGUAGGAUUAGAGGAUCAAACUGAUGAUUCUGACACAGAGAAUGGAUUCAACAUGUUGGAAAGUGUCAGUGAAGAAAUUUACCCAGUUUUGCAUUGUACUUGUGAAAAACUGAAAAAUAUUGACUGCAAUAGGAGCAAGAAUGGAAGUGCAUUAUUGUUGCAGUGUAUAUUAUCAGUGCUUAAGAAUUUAAAAAUUGACAUUUAUGAGAGUGAAGAUUUAAUAAAUUUUCUAUGGCAAGAACUAUGUCCACUCUUAAUUGCUCUGUUGGGUUCACCUAAGACUGAUAAAAAUAUUAUUUCAUCGCAAAAAAGUUGUGAUGUAAAGGAAAUUGGACGUGGAUCUGGGUGUUUAGCCACUGCUCCAUCAUGCUUAGGAGUUGAAGCAAAGACAGUUUAUAGCAUAGCUGUAGAGCUUGUUCGUCUCGUUGGAAGUGUUGGCUCCUUACGCCCUGUUUUAGAAUCUUUAUUCCACAGAAUGCUUUUAUACCCUCCUGUUCAACAUAGACUUGAAGCCUUAAAGUCUAUUAAAGAAUUAUUUUCGAAACCUGAGUUGCUCCUUCAGCUUGCUGCUCCUCCUUUGCAUGCAACUAGUGAUAAAGAUUGGAUUUCAUUGGAUUUGGAUCUGAUAAAAAUAGCCAUUGAUUCUCUGGGAGAAUGUUGCUACAGCAGUGAUAAUAAUGUUUGUUAUGCCAGCGUUAGCUGUAUUUCUGCUCUUUUAAAAACCUUAGAAGACAUUUGCUGUGGGGAGUCUAUGAAGGUGGAACUUAUUUCUUGCAUUAAUUCCCAGUUCAAAACACUUGAGAGUUCUGAUUACAAAGGUGCAAAAUCUGAGCGAUGGUUGAAAACUAAACUAAAAUCUAUGCUAGACGACAAGACAAAAAGAGACUUACUUCGUUCUAAGAUCACAAUUUUGGAGGAAAUAUCUACUGAGAACACUGAGCACGUGAGGGAGGAUGAUUUAAAUUUGAAAACAGAAGAACUCCAAUCGACUAAUGAAAGUAUUGAUGAAAAGGAUACAAAUGAAUUAGAUGUUAAAGAAACUAAAACUUUUAACAAUAAUCAAAUCACGAAUGAAGUUACCGUAACCGAAGCACAUCAUAGUCUUGAAACCACAAGCAGUCAACACAAUUUACCAGAGAGUUCUAGUUUAGAUACGGAUGCAGAGGAGAUUAAAACAUCGCAUGAAAAUGAUUCUCACGAACCCGAUGGACCGAAGAAUAUUUCAGAGCAGCAAACAUCUCCUAAGCGAACUCUUGAGUAUUAUAUAAGUGCUGAAACAUCUGUCAAAUCUUCAGAUUCUUGCUCGACUUCAUCAGAAGAUGAGGUAGAGGCUGAUGAUGUAAAUAAGAGGGGGGAAGUUACAGACUUGAAUUUAAAUGUGGUGGUAGACAAUAAUAAUGAAAGUGUUGGACUACAGACUCAAGACAUUGUUUCACCUGUAACAGAAAGUGCCGAAGAAGCCUUAAAUUAUGCUGAUUCUAAUUCUACUAACGAUUUGAGUGAAGAUUUGGAAGGAGGUGAUUUUGAGGAUGAACUUGACGACAUUACUGAUGAUGCUGAUCGCUUGAAAAGAAUUCCACGCACAUUGCUAGGACAGGAAGAUGCCGGUAAAGAAGAACGAGAGCGUGUGGAAAAGCUAUGCUUGGCAAGACUUGAAUUUGCUCAGAAAGAACGACAGAAUGCUCAGCAUUUUGUCAAUGUACUUCAGUCUUUUCUUCCAGAACUUCUUGCUAUACGUAGCUCCAUUGAAGCAGAUCAGGCUCUCCAAGAAUUCGCUUCAAAAUACUGUGAAGAUUUGUGGCAAUCACAACAAAUAAUGAAAAAGGAACAGGAAACUAUCCCCUCUCAUGUUACUAUUCUAAAUGCAGAUGGUAUCUACUUGGCUCUGUAUUCUGCUCUUUUAUUAAAUCUAAAAUUGGUGCGAAAUAAUUAUUACAAAGAAAUGGCUGGUGAAGCUCCUUUGACUGAGCAACAGUUCAUUGAAGAAGUUCAUGGAAGUGGUGUAUUGGUUUAUUUAUCAGCAACGUGGUUAGCUGAACUAUUCCAACAAGUCUUAGCCUGUAAUCUUCUGGAGAAAGCUGGUUACAAUCCUGCAUCUGUUGAAAAUUCUGCUCUUAUCAAUUUACUAUCUGGUUUGCUCUUUGGUAGUGAUGAUUGGUGGAUUAAAAAUAUUUCAGAUAUAGAUGGGCUUGGUGAUUCCUUGCCUGGUACUCAGCAGUUGGCUGACUAUAGGCGUCUUGAAAAGGCUGUUGUCAAUAACCAAAUUUCUCCAAAUAUUGAAGCAGGGAAAAAAUUCAGUCGUCGAAUUUUGACUUGCUGUUGGGAAACUAUCUUAGAAGUUUUGUCCGUGCUAUUAAAUGGUACCAAUUCGUGUGGUAUCUCUAGUACACUAGGCUUUCUUCUUGGUACUGAGGGUGCCAAAGAAGAGCAUCGAAGAACAAAGGAUGCUAUUGCAGAUAGUUUAGAUGGACUACAAAGAGCUGCUAAACUUUGUAACAAUCUGGGACUGCAAUCUUGCUGCAAUUCUGUAUUCUCUCAGUUGGCCACAGCAUCUUGUCCUCUUUCUGAAGAUAUGCUUUUUCCUCAAUUAUCUUCAAAAUUUGAGGGUCGCCAGUUCAAGAAGACUCUGUUGCCGGGUCGUUCUAAGACUUUGCGUCUGCAUUCAUCCCAGAUAUUGAGCAUGGAUGUUCUUCUAAGUAAAGGUUUAGAGCUUGGAAGUCAUAGUCCAGACUGCUGGAAAUAUGUUUUUCAGUGCUGUUUGUUUGUUCUUCAGUUAGAAAAUACUUAUUUCAGUGGUCAUGGCAGUGUCCAGUCAUCCGUAACACGAUCGGUUUUAAAUACUGCUCAAGAUACACAAUUACUGAACAUGCCAAGUUGUGACUACAAUUCACCUUCUAUGCCUGGUUCCACUUCGCGUAAACUAGAUAUAUCUGAAAUUAUUAAAGAAAAUAGUAGUUUUUCCCAUACUUCAGAUGUAUUGAAAGAUCACAAGUUGCUUGAAGCAAUAGAAGCACUUUCUCAACAAGUAGACAGGUUGUUUGAAGAAGCUGCUAGUCGGUUAAAUCUCUCUGCAUUAAUCAGUUUUCUAGUGGAGUUAUGUGCAGCAAGUCAGAUACAGCUGUUUACUCAAAGUCAUGCAAGGGUGUCUUGUUCUGGAGGGCAUGGUAGUAACUUACUUUUGUAUCACUUGGGAGACGUGAUGCUGCGAUCUGCGAGAGGGGGGAGACCUUUAGUACAUGUCAUGAAGGCUUGGAGUGUUGUAGCUCCCCAUUUUGUAGAAGCUUCUUGCCACAAAGAGAGCUUAAUAUCCAAAAAAGGUGUUUCUACAAUUCAUGAUAUUGUUAGCGCAUUGUUGUCUUCAAACUCGGAGCUUCCUCAUUUCCAUUUCAACGAAGCACUUUUUAAGCCUUUUGAAAAUCUUUUGUGCCUAGAAUUAUGCGAUAUUGAUGUUCAAGAGCAAAUUGUGAGUUCAAUUUGUGAAUUUGUAGAAGGUUGCACAACAGAAAUCCGCUCAGGCUGGCGACCUCUGUUCGGAGCUUUAAGGACUGUUCAGAUACCAAGUGCCGUGUCCAAUCGAAGUGAUUCCAGCUUUGAACGAGAUCGAAACGAUCACUUGCGAGUUGUUUUAGAUGUCUUUGAGGCUUUUUUGGCUACGGACAAUGUAUUUGUGUUUGCUUAUGCUGCUGUGGAUUGCCUUUUGUGUCUUUUGAAACAUGUUCGUGGUCCAGCUGUUGAAUUGGAUUCAUCGAAUUCAGAAGUUAUGGCUGAUUAUUCCAAUGAACCAAGUGUUCCUCUCGACAUGUGUUUAGCUGCUCUGAAAUACUUAGAAAAAUGUUCUGACAUCCUAUCAUCCAUGUAUCAAAUACCUACUUGUCCAGUUUUCAAUUCUGCACACAGGAUUCAUUUGUAUUCUGAACCUAGUCUUGUCGAUCCAAUAAUUCCUGAUAUGGAUGUUAUUUAUUUUGAAGAGCCAGAUUCAAUAUCGAAUAGUUCUACAAGAAGUGAUUACGAACAUAGAUAUGAAGAUAUGGGGGAUUUAAAAACACUUAAUGACAUUCCUGGAAUUAAUGAUGUACCAGUCUCUCUGGCAAGUUUGGACAAACAGUAUCAGUCAGCAACAAUGGAAACUCUUUUCAAAAUGCUGCACAAUUUAAAAGAUGUACCUGGUCCUGAGUUUGGAAUUUUUUGCAUUAAUCACCUUUUGCUGCCUAUGCUUCAACAAUGGCUGAGGAGAACUACCAGACUUUAUAAAGGAUGGGAAAAUUUUGCUACAAAUUUUAAACAGUGUUGCGGGUUAGCAACAGAUCUUAUAGUGGAUUAUAUUCAGAUUAUUAUAGAAUCAUCUGCAACGAGAGUUAGAGAAACUGGAACCCUACUGAUGUUUAAUCAGUUAUUUCUUGUAUUAACAGAAUGUGUUGCACAACAAUCAGAAAUUAUCUCACGCCUUGGCUGCUCUUGUUUAAGAGUUCCAUUCUGUAGUUUAGUUGUGGGUUUGCUCUCUCAUCAGAUUUUACUUCAAACGUUGGGUUCCAUUCUUUUACAAGGUACAAAAUAUAUGCUGCCCACAUUAUUGUCUUUGCUUCCUUCUGAAAGUUGCAUACUUUCACCCGCAAAUGGAAAAAAGAAACCAGGUUUCUUAUCAAGGUUGACCAACAAGCAAUUGAAAAUUUUAUUUAGUUCACUCGAAGAUGCCUACGAAACAGCUUUCAAUUUUGAUAGGAGACCUGGUUUGAAAUUUUUAGUACAGAAAGUGGCCCAGACAAAUGUAGCUACGAACUUAUAUAAACAAGCUGGAAUUAGUUGGACCAUUCAAAUGGUCGUCCUUUUUGAAAUGUGUAUGUCCGUGUCUAAUUUAAACUUGGAGUUUGUCAAGGGAAAGCUCAUUUCCGAAUCUCGUGAAGAAAUCAUCUCUGAGAAAGAAAAUACCACAGAUGGAGAAUUGAAAGACUCAUUCCCAACAGAUCCUAGCAUAUUAGAAUUUGUACUGCUAAAAGUCAAGUUUAAAGAAAUAUGUGAAACCUACACUGAAUUGACCAUCGACAAGGAAGGUUUGCCAAACAUAGUAGAUCGUCUUAGUGAUCAGCACAUAUUCUUCCUCCUAGCUGCCCCAACUGACGAUAGUGAUAUUUUGUUUCCUUCGAAGCAAAAUGACCUUCAAACGUCAUUGACUGACAGCAGCAGUGAAUUGCCCCCAAUUCAGUACUGUGACAGUUCAGACGAAGAGGAAGUAGCAACUUCCAAAGAAGGGAUGAAAGAUAAAAUCUAUACCCUAGCGACUGAAAGCACCAUAAACUCUUUAGUGAGCGAGUACAAGAAACGUAAAAACCAACAUUCCAUGCCUUCUAAAGUCAAAGAAAAGUUGUCCAGGAAGUCAAGUUCAAGUAAUAAGCAGCGAACUUCGUCUUCUGAUUCAGUGCCAGAGGAAAUUCUGAAUCAAAGGCGAAAUUCCAUUAUUAAGGAUGGAGAGGCACAACUUCAAGUUUUCAAACAGUUGAUCCAAUCAUUUUUAGACCUACAUCGAUCUCUUUCUGAAGAACACUUUAAAGCUUUUCUACCAGUAUUCUUUCCCGGAGUGCAAUUUUUGGUUGCAUAUGCUACUGACGGAGAACUGAGAUUAUCCCUAUCUGAAUGGCUGCAGCAGAUGGCAGUUUGUUGUAAUUUCUUUGUUGAUUCUUAUUCUAGGAAAUAAAUCUGUAUCAGUUA